AUGCCACGCCUUGUGUACCUCUUGGCUCUUCUGUGCUAUGCAUACGCUACCGAGAAGAUAGAAGACAUGGAGGCUGGUUUGAUUGUGGUGCAUAGAUUUGUCCGCGAAAGUUUUAGAUUCCAAGGCAGAAGAUUAGCUCCUAUGAAAUAUUCCAUGGAGUUGGAGAAUCUAGCACGUGUGUGGGUGGACACUUGCAGUAUGUCUGGUCCAAACGAUUGCAGAUUCGCCAAUCUUGGAAGCAGUGCGAUUGCAUUCCCCAUAACCAGGUCGUUGGUUUAUGGGUGGGCGACCCGCCUGUUCGUGGAGGAGAUGGCCUACGAUCCAGUUACAGGGGAAUGCUCUAUCUCCAACUGUAUGCAUUAUGUAAAGAUAGUACAACCAGCUACUACAAAGUUUGGCUGCGCAGUCAGACUUUGUUUUAUGGGGAUGCCCAGACCAAUGUUUUACCACCUCUCCGUGUGUCUAUACCAGGCUGAAAAACAAAGUGUUCCCAUUCAACGGACAACCAGCAGUGUAACCGUCACUACCACAAGGAGGCCAACCACCACCACCACCACCACCACCACAACCAGGACGCCAACCACAACCACCACCGCUGCUACUACUAUUAGUACCACAAGAAAGCCAACCACAACCUCAACUACCACAAGAAGGCCAACCACCGUUGCUACUAACACCACCACUACCACAAAUAGGCCAACCACAACUGCUACAAGCACCGUCACAACCACCACCACAAGAAGGUCAACCACAAUCCCUACCACCACCACCACCACAAGGAGACCAACCACCGCCGCCACAAGCACCAUCACAACCACGACGCCAACCACCAGCACUACCACAAGAACACCAACAACUGCUGCUACUACUACCACCACCACAAGCAAGCCAACUAUCUUUUCCACUAUCAGUACCACAAAUAGGCCAACCACAACCACCACCACAACCGCUACUACCACUUCCGACUCGACAACGCCGACGACAACAUUGACAACACCGAAAGGAAGCACUACUGAGAUAGUGAAGUUAAGCACGAGCACAGAGUCGCCUCCUACCAACAAUGGCACCGAAAUGGAAGAAGCCGAAGACAAAGAAGAUGUGCAGAUAGUAGAGAAAGAGGUGGAUGAAGAGGAAUAUAGAGCGAAAAAGAUCUCAGAUGCGGCAAAACUCUCGCCACAUCUUCUUUCCUUUGGGGCGAUUGCAAUAGCUCUCCUUAUUUGA